CCACCAGUCGUCUCCACACGCCGACAUGGUUCUCCAGGUGUUGCUGUGCGCAUGCGCGUUGCUGGGUGCAGCGAACGCAGGGUACCUGGGUUCCCCUGCAGUCUCCUACUCGGCAGCCCCCGCCCUGCGUGGUGCUCUGCCCUACAACGCAGCACUCGGACUCACAGGUCUGUCUGGGAGUGCUGCUGCUUCGACCGCUGCCGCUGCUGCAGCAGCAGCUAGGGCCAGACUGUCUGCUGCUGGCUCACCUGUAGCUGGACUUGGUGGUUAUGCUCCUGGCUACUCUGGAGCUCUAGCAGGCGCCUACCCUGGUGCCGGUGUUGGUGGUGCCUACUCUCGCCUCGGCCCUGGCUACUCAGGUGCCGCCCCUGGUUACGCUGGUGUAGCUCCAGGCUACUCUGGUCUCGCCCCUAGCUACGCUGGUCUCGGUGCAGCACGCUACGUUGGUGGUCUGGGCCGCCUGGCCGGUGGGCUGCCUGCUGAGCUGGCUGACCCGUACUACGACCCCAACCCGCAGUACAGCUUCAGCUACAGCGUCAGCGACGCCCUGACCGGCGACGCCAAGCAGCAGCAGGAGAGCCGCAGCGGCGACGUGGUGGAGGGCAGCUACAGCCUGGUCGAGCCUGACGGCAGCGUCCGCACAGUGCAGUACACGGCUGCCCCUGGUGCGGGUUUUAAUGCUGUCGUCUCCAAGGAUGGUGUCCCAACUGGGCCUGCCCCUCUGGGGGCUGCUGUCGUUCCUGGCGCUGCCGCUGCUCGAAACAUCCUUCCAGGAGGCAUAGUUCCUGGAGCGGCGCGCUCCCUGCUGUCUCCAGCGUCCGCUGCUGGAGUCUAUGGAGCGCCUCUGAAGACGGCACACUCCGCCAUCGCUACGCCCCACGCCAAUGUCCACUAUUAGUGCCCUUACCAGCUGGACCCCCCCAAAUGUGACCACCGAUAUAUAGUACGAAAACGGCUCGCUUGUAGCAAUACAGAUGUACAUAUUUACAAAUCACUGCAAUAUUUAUACAAAAAUAAAAUUAUCAGACUUGA